AUGUCCGGGCCGCAGACCCCAGAGCCGGCCCGCCGCACACAGGGAGACUCCCCCACAGGCACAGGGGGCGAGGACACCGCCGACGGGAUCCAGCACUCACAACGCAUGCUCAGCUUCAGUGAUGCGCUCCUGUCCAUCAUCGCCACUGUGAUGAUCCUGCCUGUGACCCACACGGAGAUCUCCCCAGAACAGCAAUUUGACAAAAGUAUACAGAGACUUCUAGCAACCAGGAUUGCUGUCUACCUGAUGACGUUUCUCAUUGUGACUGUGGCCUGGGCAGCACAUACAAGAUUGUUCCAGGUUGUUGGGAAGAUAGACGACACACUUGCCUUGCUCAACCUGGCCUGCAUGAUGACCAUCACUUUCCUACCUUUCACUUUUUCCUUGAUGGUGACCUUCCCGGAGGUGCCUCUGGGCAUCUUCUUGUUCUGUAUGUGUGUGAUCGCCAUCGGGGCCGUGCAGGCGCUGAUCGUGGUGUACGCGUUCCACUUCCCCCACCUCCUGAACCCCCAGAUAGAGAGCUCCACCCACAGGACCCUGUAUCGGCAGCACAUCCUGGGCAUCGUCCUCAGGGGCCCGGCCUUGUGUUUCGCUGCUGCUGGCUUCUCCCUGUUUUUCUACCCCUUGUCGUACCUGCUGAUGGCGACGGUCAUCUUCCUCCCCUACGUCAGCAAGGCCUGCAGCUGGUGCAAGGGCAGGCUUGUGGGCCCCCAAGAGCCCCCAGCUCACAGUGUGGAGUUCUUCACAUUUGACCUGCAUGAGCCUCUCAGCAAGGAGCGGGUGGAGGCUUUCAGCGACGGGGUCUAUGCCAUCGUGGCCACACUCCUCAUCCUGGACAUCUGCGAGGACAACAUCCCGGACUCCAAGGACGUGAAGGAGAAGUUCCACGGCAGCCUGGUGGCGGCACUGAGCGUGUACGGGCCACAUUUCCUGGCGUAUUUUGGCUCCUUCGCCACGGUGGGCCUGCUCUGGUUUGCCCACCACUCGCUCUUCCUGCACAUCCGCAAAGCCACGCAGUCCAUGGGGCUGCUCAACACACUGUCGCUGGCCUUUGUGGGCGGCCUCCCGCUGGCCUACCAGCAGACCUCAGCCUUCGCCCGGCAGCCCCACGACGAGCUCGAGAGCGUGCGCGUCAGCUGCGCCAUCAUCUUCUUCGCCAGCAUCUUCCAGUUUGCCAUCUGGACCACGGCCUUGCUGCACGAGGAGGAGACACUGCAGCCCUCGGCACGGUUCGGAGGCCGGGAGCACGCGUUCAUGUUUGCCAAGCUCGCGCUGUACCCCUGUGCCAGCCUGCUGGCCUUCGCCUCCACCUGCUUCCUCAGCAGGUUCAGCACAGCCAUCUUCCACCUCACACAGAUCGCCGUGCCUUUCAGCUUCCUGCUGCUGCGUCUCCUCGUGCGCCUGGCCCUGGCCCUGCUGCGGGCCCUGCGGGGCCUCCCCCUGCCGGCACCAGGGGGCCAGGACGACGUGCGGUCCCCGCUCCUCCCGUCUCCCUAG